CCCACCUUCACCUCCGGCGGCGGGCCGAGAGAUAUGCGUCGGCGCCAUGGGUUUCAUGGAGUUCUACCUGGAGAUCGACCCCGUCACCCUGAACCUCAUCAUUCUGGUGGCCAGCUACGUCAUCCUCCUGCUGGUCUUCCUCAUCUCCUGCAUCCUGUACGACUGCCGGGGCAAGGACCCCUCCAAGGAGUACGCGCCCGAUGACACGCCGGCACCGGCCGCCGCCUCCGCCGCCUCCUCCGCCGGCCCCCCCGGGUCGGCCACGGGGGCCUCAGGGACCCACUCCGGCCAGUCGCCCAUUCGACUGGUGGUGAUGCAGAACUCGCCAACCUCCACCCGAUACGAGCCCACCGAGAUGGUGCCCGGGCACGCCGAACACCCCACGCCGGACCUCCACCGGGAGCGGGAGAGGGAGCGGGAGAGGGAGCGGGAGAGGGAGAGGGAGAGGGAGAAGAGGAGUACCCUUGUCUGAGGGUUCAGUGAGGGAGAAGGAGGCUGAGGUGGAGGAGACGUCUGGGUUAUUUUGGUGGCACUUGCUGCUCCUGUCACUCUGUACAGUAUUGUUUUUAUAGACCUGUACAUAUUUGUAUAUAUUUUGAACAACAACAAAAAAAUAACGAUUUAUGGAAUACUUCCUGUGAACGCUGACGCCCAAGUUGCAGAGGGAAACAGGAUAACUCUGGGAUGAAAAAAAAGACCAACAGUAAAGUACAUCCCGCACCACCUUCUGGCUCAAGUUACCAGAACCUUCCCACCCGUCUUCCUCAGCAUGAGGCAGCCCUGGUCACAUCGGACCUGGCUCAGACAACACCAGAACAGAAGUAUUCUAUUCAGAUCAAGUGAUGUAUGGCGAAGUACUGUUGAAACAAAACAUUUCAACCGUAAACGCACUCUCCAGUCAAACAAGUCGGAACGAUCCCUCCAAAGACUCAAGGAGACAGGAUUUGCGACAGCUUCUUAGACAUAAUUGGAACUGCUACAUUUGAGAUGAACGUGUAUAAAUGGACGGAAGAGGCAACGCAACCCCAUAGCCUUUCUUUUGCCAACUCUCACUUACCUUUAUUUCUUCUGGCUUUUAUGAUUCUGUGUUUGUUUUUACUUAUUCAAAUGUUUUAAAUGUUUUCCGAACUUUGGUGUCCUACAAUUGGAUGAGUGCCAGCUAUUAUUUUAUAUAUACUGUAUACAUAUCAUAUAUUAGUUAUAUAUUAGACAAUCUAACAAUAUAUCAAUGAUUAAAUACGUUUAUAAUAAUAUUGGCUGAAAAGAGAUUGGGAAAUAAAUUCCCCAUUUCAUCUCUUCUUGAUGCAAUUAUACAUGAUGAAACAUCGACAACGACAAUGUUGUACAACAUGUUCUAAAUUUCCUUUAUAAUAACUAUUUAUUUGUUGUACUUCCUCCAGUCACCUCCGGAAGGAUGUUUAUGUCACUCCUGGAAUCGAAUACAUGCUCUAAGGAAUGGUGGCAAGUAAACGUAUCUAUCCCCUGUCUUAGAUAAUUCCGUACAUUGUUGAAUUAAAAAUGAAAAAGAA